CGGUUGCCGGCCCGAGGCUUCGCCCGAACGCGACGCGUCAGCCUCGCUCGUCACGAAAUUUGUUAGUCUCGCAAUGGCGUUAACAGGAGGUGGUUGUGUGUCCGUUUAGUUUAUCGACGACCCGAGCGGACACCGGCCCAAAAUAUUGGCCUGUCUAGACUUGCUCGAAUUACUCGAAAACGUUCUUGUAAUUCCGCUCAAAAUCGCUUUUUGCCACCACGGACAGUCAAGUUUUGGUACGAUAUCCACUCAGGGCGAAUCAUUUCAAGAUCAUGCUCAUCUCAUCGUAGUUCCUUCUUCGUUUUAAGUGUUAGUGUUUGUGACCGUGUAUUGUGACAGUGACCGUGCUAGUGUUGUGAAAUGGAUCCCGGAUCACCCUCGUUGCUAUGGCCGCUGCGCCUGACCAAGCCGGCGCCGACGGCGGCGGUGCCCGAGGACAGCAAGGACGAGGAGAGGGCGCAGUCCCCGGCGCUGGCCGACCGCCUGUCCGCGGCGCCGUCACCAGCGAGCCCCGCUCCCGCCAGCCCCUCGCCCCCCCAGCACCAGUUCCAGGCGGCCCUGGUGGCCGAGAAGUACCUCCUGCUGGAACAAGUGGAAGGAUCAUCGCUCUGCCGAUGUGUGGACGUGCGCACGCAAGAGGAGUAUGUUUGCAAAGUAGUAUCGAGGGACUGCAGUAGUCUCCUGCAGGCGCACUACCGGCUCGACGGCCAUCCGCACGUCAAUCCGAUCCACGAGGUGCUGGUGGGAGACAAGAGGGUGUACCUAAUAUUCCCGCGGUCCCACUCGGACCUGCACUCCUACGUGCGGGCGAGAAAACGGCUAAGAGAGCACGAGGCCCGCAGGCUGUUCAGGCAAAUGGCGGAAACGGUCGCCGCCUGCCACGAGCAGGGCAUCGUGUUGAGGGACCUCAAGUUGAGGAAGUUCGUCUUCGCCGAUCCACAGAGGACUACGUUGAAACUAGAAACGCUAGAGGACGCAGUCGUGCUGGACGAUCCCGAGGAGGAUCUGCUUCAGGACAAGCGAGGGUGUCCCGCGUACGUGUCCCCCGAGAUCCUGCGAGCGCACCGGACCUACUCCGGCCGGGCAGCGGACAUGUGGUCGCUCGGCGUUAUUCUCUACACCAUGCUCGUCGGAAGGUAUCCCUUCAACGAUUCGGAGCACGCAUCGUUGUUCGCGAAAAUCUCCCGGGGGUACUUCGUCGUCCCCGAGUGCCUGUCGUCGCGGGGCAAGUGCCUGAUCAGGUCGCUGCUGCGGCGGGAGGCGGGCGAGCGGCUGAGCGCGCGGGACGUGCUACGGCACCCCUGGCUGGCGCGGGACCCGCGGAACGAGCUGCCCCCGCGCGCCGCCGCCGGCCACGACCGCCUCGUGCCCGACCUGCCCAUGGACGAGGACCACUGACCGCCGACCCGCGCUGCCGCAGCUCCGCACCCGGUGACGUACGUGUCGCCGUCAUCAUGAGCCGGACGAGUGAGCAGCCGCCGCCGCCGAUCCGGUGCCGGCCACCCGACGAAGGCGCCGCUGUCCACUAUUCGUGCUGACUACCUAGCGACGCAGAGCUGUACCUCCGCGACUUUCGACGCGAGCGUCACGUUUGGCAUUUCGAUUUCCGUUUAAUCCUAGUUUUAAUCCUGUUAUUUAUUAUUAAGAAGCGUCGAUGGCGGCCGUCGAGAGUCGCCUUGGGCAGGGCUGUGCGGUAUCCGUGCGGAGCUAAUUUAUUCCGGCCUAAUUUCGUGCACGCUCACUGAAAUCUCGGUCCGAGUAUCGCGCCACAUCAGUGUAAUAAUUUCAGUAAGUAGUAUCCCAAGCCAAAUAAAAGGUCUCAUUCGAGAUUUUAAUUUAGUGAUCGUAGGAGCCACGGACGGGGGCGGCUGGUCCGCUCGUCCAUUAUUUAUGAAGUCGAGGCGGGAACGGUACCGAUAGGAAUCGCAUAAUUCCAACAUGAUACUACUAGAAUAAUGUUGUGCGGCUUCUAUCGGCUACCCUCGCGCCCGACGUGUAUGGGGCGUUCGAUACGAGCGAUGUGAGACUGAUAAUGCUGUUGUGAAAUCAUUUCCCGUAUCCUAGGGGCCCGGCUUUGCACCACUUCGACGGUCCAUUUCAGGGUGAUUUACCGUUUACCAGUGUCUUACUUUUGAAAUCAAUUUUGAAAUAGAUGUUUAAUUUCGUUUCGAAUUAGUCCGAUCGGAUUUGGACCAAUGGCGGGCGCGCCGCGUGACGUUGCAGUCGCGUAGCGCGCUUCGAUUGGCCGAAAGGAGUCGACGAGAAUUCGAAUUUCAAAAGUAACUCACCAGAGCCGCAAUAAUUUCACAACAUUAUAGACGGAUAUAUUAUUGCAUUGAAGUUGCUAGUUUAAAGUAUGUAUAUUUUGUAUUUAUAUAAAGUUAAAUUUAUAUCGUGUACUUGUGAUCUCCACCGAUGUUAUUUAGCGAUUACUCGAUUGCCAUUUUGUUGUUACGCAAAAGUUCUUUUUUGUCGCACAACGAUCAGUUGCUUCCAUGGUAGAGUUAUAUUGUUUUCGAUUUGGUUUUAUUGAAUUGUGAUCAUUUGGCGCUUAAAAUUAUUGUUUUGUUAAAUCGAUUUAUUGUUUUGUGAGUUCACUGCGUACCGAAUAAUAUACUAAACUUGGUCUGUGCCAUUUAUUUAAUUUGAAACUAAUUUAUUUGUUGUAUGCGGGCGUAACUGCGGCACUCCUUCCUAUUAGAUGUAUUGGGUACGUAGUGGCAGCUGUGAAAUCGACUACGACUUGAAUCGUUUAAAAAUCAAAAUGUUACCAUAAGUAUCGAAAUUUUGUUAUCGAUUUUUAUCAAUCAAUUUUUGUUGCACUGACUUUCGAGAUUCGUGUCGGAUCUCCAUGAAAGUGUCGAGUCAAGUCUUUCAGCGAUGAAAGCGUUUUGUACAAUAGUAGACCUCUGUAAAAUACUAUUAAUAUUUUAUUUAUAUAAAACUGUAAAUAGAGCUAAGAUUAUUUUAAGGUUAUCAAAAGAGGAGGAAUGAUAGAGGGAAUAAACGAUUUUAAAAAUUUAAA